AUGACAACAAUAAUAAUAUUGAAUGAUAUAGAUGGAUAAAUCUUUUCAUUUUUGGAACUCAAUUUUGAGUACCAGAUAUAAAACACAAGUCUUUAACUCUAUCAGGAUGAAAAAAGCAUAUAUAUUCUUACAGAAUUUUAAAGGCCUUCAUCAAAAGGCUGUAUAAUACACUACAAUAUGUAGAUCUUACCCAAGAAUUGUAUCAUCUACAUAAGCUUCAGGGACCCCAAGCCACAAGGGUUGAAAAAGAAGUAAUUAUAUCACUUAGUCAGCCUACCAAGUUUCAAAAAAGAGAUCCUAUUUUUCAGAUGUAAUUUUAUCUCCUGAUUCCUUAAUUUCUUAGAUCUUUUCUUCAGAGUGGCCGUUACCAUUUAGCUCAUUAUCUGCUUACAUUCUUGAUCUUAGAAUGAUACUAAGCUUUCUAUAAUAUCCUUCAUGA